UUCUGUCUCUCUCCCCCUUUUUCUUUCUGAAAUCAAUAAAGAUAUUUUUUUUUUUUAAAAAGGUGAAAUUUGUAUCUGGUCAGAUUUGUUACUUGGUGGUAGUCAAAAACUUAGUUUUAGGGACAAGGUUGAAGACAUUGGGUAAAAUAAAUACUGUAUUUCUCAGGUUGUACUUUUUGCUCCCUCAAUUGAAUGCCACUGAAAUUGUCAUGUCCUAAAAUCAGUGCAUGCAUUUAAUAUGGUAAUGUUUUUUUCCCCUUGAAAAACUUAUUAAGUAAUAUCUUUAAAUGUAUUGCAUUUUAGAAUUAAGAAAAUAAAGUAUUAUAGAUCCUUUAUAGUGUAUUUAUUUGUAUGGUCUUUAUCAUUACUAAUAAAUUCUUGAAAGAUGACUGUUAAGAUUUGUAUGCUUCAUAAAUUUUUUUGGAAACUGCAAAAUUUUUGUACAAAUUGUACUUUUAUAAAUAAAACUCCAUUUUUGUGCACAGAGAAUACUUUAUUAAAGUCCCUGUAAAGUGAUUUAUUUUACAAAGAAUUUUUUUUAAAAAGGAAUAUAAUAGCUUUUUGUAAAGAACUCUCUUUUAUGUGAACACCCCCUUUCCAGUUUAUCUUUAUCUUAAAUGUGUGCUUUUAGACACUGUCUAAUAAAAACACCUACCUAACCCUUGGUCACAUACAUUUGUUAACUACCUCAAUAUAUUUGUUAACUUGAUUUCUGAAAUUAUCCAAUUAAAAUUUUUUUUAAUCCAAUACUAUUAAUGUGUUUAACAUGCAUGUGUAACUACUAAGUAAACUUCUUGUGUUUUUUUUUCUUGUAUGCUUUUAAAAUAAAAUUUAAAAUAAUAACUUGCAUCUGAAGACUUUAUUUGGCUUUACAAAAAUCUUUAUUCUUGUUGGCCACUUCUAACUUUUGCUUUAACCCGUAGAAGGGGAAAAUUAAAGGGCAUCAUGAAGAAAGAAUAUAAUAUUUAUUUGUUGACCCAGAUUUAUAUGCACAAAAAACUCAAAAUUCACAGUAUGGCUUUUCUAAUAAUGUCAUUUUCUAAUGUAGUCAAUGGCUUCACGACUUAAUGUGACGAUACGUUAAUGAUAGUAUAGAAAUGGUUAAAAAUUAGGCUAGUCAAACUGAAUCCACAAAAUAUACAGGGGGGUUUUCUCACUGUGCCAGUGUUUAAAGAUAUUUUAGCAAACAUGAAUUUAACACUAUUUUAAAGUACAUUUAUUUUAUUCAUUUUCUACAGUAAAAGUAGAGAACAAUCCAUCUAAUCAGCAACAGUAGCUGAUUCAUUUCUCCUUUUUUGACUCUUCUCUUUAGGUGUCACUAAAAAAAGAAAAAGCACCUCUGCUCUAUAAGGAGGAGAUGAAUUCUUACACCACCUGAUAAACUUGACACACUAACUACACAAGGGCAAAGCUUACCCCUUAAGAUGGUUCUAAGGAGGAAAAGUAAUUACAUUGAAUAUAGUAAAUUCCUGUUUAAUUUGGAAUUUAGUUUACUGGUUUGAAGGAAUUUUCUGUAUUCUUUUUUUUUUAUUGGAUAUAUAAAGGGUAGGUAAUAUUGGGAAAUUUUCUGAGAUUUCCCAAAUAUAGGGAUAUUUAUAAGCUCAGCCUAUUUUCUGAUACGUAAAUCUAUAAUACUGUUGAAUGAUAAUGAUACCACAGAAAUGUGAAAUUCUGCAGAACUUUCAGGAUUAUUUAAAAAAUGAAGUAUAACCUUGGCCGAGUGGCUCAAUUGAUGAAAAAUAAGUAAAAAAUGAAGUAUAGUUUUAUGAUCAAUGUAUUUUAGAGUCAUUGAUCAGCUGCCUCCUGCACGCCCCCUAUUGGGGCUCCCUGACCAGGAAUUACACCGUGACCUCCAGGUUCAUGGGUGGAUGCUCAAUGGCUGAGCUACACCAGCCAGGCUAUAUUAUCUUAUUGUUUGUAGUAAGGACAGUUUUGUGGCGAGUGCUAAAUAAUUAUGAAAAAAGUAAUCCUUGGUACUAACAGGUCUAUGUGACUUUUACCUUAAUAUGAUAAAAGUUAAUUGGGAUACAGACAGAAUAAUUUGAUACACGUUGCAAUAACUUUUCAAAUAUUUUAAGGACCAGCUACAGAACUGCGCCAAAGAAAAAAGCCAAAGUCUUCAGAAAAUAAAGAAUCUGCCAAAGAAGAGAAAAUCGAAGACACUCCAGUUCCUGAAAGAGCUCCAAAACGAGCUUGAACGGGAAAUCACAUUCCAGGGUGACAGUGCUAUUUAUUACUCUUAUUAUAAAGAUAUGGUAAAAGCACCUUCUUUUGAAAGAGGUGUUUACGAACUGACACAUAAUAACAAAACUGUAUCUCUGAAGACUAUAAAUGCAGUGCAACAAAUGUCUCUAUAUCCAGAACUUAUAGCCAGUGUUUUAUAUCAAGCAACUGGUAGCAGUGAGAUUAUUGAGCCAGUAUAUUUCUAUAUUGGUAUUGUUUUUGGAUUGCAAGGAAUAUAUGUUACUGCUUUAUUUGCUACAAGUUGGCUUAUGAGUGGAACCUGGCUAGCAGGAAUGCUUACUGUUGCAUGGUUCGUUAUUAACAGGGUAGAUACAACAAGAAUUGAGUACUCUAUUCCUUUAAGAGAAAACUGGGCACUACCAUAUUUUGCAUGCCAAGUUGCUGCACUUACUGGCUAUUUAAAAAGCAACUUAAAUACUUAUGGAGAGAGGUUUUGCUACUUAUUGAUGAGCGCUUCAACUUACAUGUUCAUGAUGAUGUGGGAGUACAGCCACUACCUCUUGUUUCUUCAAGCAAUAUCUCUGUUCUUGCUAGAUAGCUUUUCACUGGAGCAAAGUGACAAGGUUCAUGAAGUUUAUAAAAUCUACAUGUUUUCUCUCUCUCUGGGAUAUUUCCUGCAGUUUGAGAAUUCAGCUUUAUUGGUAUCUCCUUUAUUAAGUUUAGUAGCAGCCUUAAUGCUUGUUAAGUGCCUUCAGCUAAAUGUGAAGAAAGGAACUUUUGUAGCUAAAAUAAUGAAAGUUAUUAAUUUUUAUUUGGUGUGUACCCUGACGGUGACAUUGAAUAUUAUAAUGAAGACGUUUGUCCCACACAAAGAAAAUGGGCACAUGCUGAAAUUCCUUGAAGUGAAAUUUGGACUAAACAUGACUAAGAAUUUUACGAUGAAUUGGCUCCUCUGUCAAGAAUCCCUACAGGCACCAUCUCAAGAAUUUUUUUUGCGAUUGACCCAGUCUUCUUUAUUACCUUUCUAUAUUUUAGUGUUAACUAUUUGUUUUCUUUCUAUGAUGCAAGUUAUUUUUAGGAGAAUUAAUGGUGAGUCCCUGAAAGAAACUGUUACUCUUGAAGAUGGACGAAUUGGAGAAAGGCCGGAAAUAACUUACCACGUGAUUCACACUAUUUUACUGGGUUCUCUUGCAAUGAUUAUAGAAGGCUUGAAAUACCUCUGGACUCCUUAUAUGUGCAUGUUAGCCGCAUUCGGUGUGUGUUCUCCUGAACUCUGGACGACACUUUUCAAGUGGCUUCGAUUACGAACUGUACACCCAGUACUGUUGGCUCUUAUUCUGAGCAUGGCUGUGCCAACUAUAAUCGGUGUCAGCUUAUGGAAAGAGUUUUUUCCAAGAUUAAUGACAGAAUUAACUGAACUGCAAGAAUUCUAUGACCCAGAUACAGUGGAACUUAUGACCUGGAUAAAAAGGCAAGCUCCAGUUGCAGCUGUGUUUGCAGGGAGUCCGCAGUUAAUGGGCGCAAUUAAAUUAUGCACUGGAUGGAUGGUGACAAGCUUGCCUCUUUACGAUGAUGACCUUCUCAAGAGAAAUGAAAAUAUCUAUCAAAUCUAUUCAAAGCGAUCUGCUGAGGAUAUUUAUAAAAUACUGACAUCAUAUAAAGCUAACUACCUAAUUGUUGAGGAUGCUAUCUGCAAUGAAGUGGGAACCAUGAGAGGCUGUAGGGUUAAAGAUUUGUUAGACAUUGCAAAUGGCCAUGUGGUUUGUGAAGAGGGUGACAAGUUAACCUACUCAAAAUAUGGGCGAUUUUGUCACGAGGUCAAAAUUAACUAUUCUCCGUAUGUGAAUUAUUUCACUAGAGUAUAUUGGAACAGAUCCUACUUUGUAUAUAAAAUCAAUACUGUGAUAUCCUUUCAGUCUUGAAAAUAGCAGAGCCUUCAUUUCAAAGACUUAAAGCAUCAGAAGUAAAUUGUUGAUUUUCUUCUACCAAUGAGGCGUCGUUUUGGAAAUCAGAGCACGGACAUUUGACGUGUUGCUGCUGCUUCCCCACCCGCCAGCAUUAACUGGACCAGAAUUCUGUGGGGUGGAGA